AGCUUAUGCAUAAAAGUCUACUAUUGUUGUUUUCCUAUCUAUAUGGUGUAAAUUCCCGAGAAGAGAGAAGCUUGUGAAGUUAACUUCCGGCAAGUAAUCCGACAAUGCAAGCUUCGACAAUUUUACUCUAUGGUCUUGUUCUGAUUCAGCUGUUUGCUGCUCAAACAAAUGCUAAAAGAUCUAGAAGUCCAUGGCAGACACUCAGUGGUGAUGCUCCUCUUGUAAUUGCUAGUGGUGGGUUUUCUGGAUUGUUUCCAGACUCGAUUCUUGAUGCUUAUAAGCUCGCAAUGCAGACAAGUGUACCCGGUGCUGUUCUAUGGUGUGAUGUUCAGCUAACCAAAGAUGACUUUGGCAUGUGCUACCCUGAUUUAAAGCUGAACAAUCACUCAACUAUUGAAAGUGUCUACCCAAAACGCCGAAAAUCUUAUCUGGUUAACGGAGUCCCUACUAACGGUUGGUUCACCAUUGAUUUCUCCUUGAGAGAUCUCAAGAAUGUUUCUUUGAUCCAAGGAAUAUUAUCACAGACAGGAAAAAUUCAUGGAAAUGGAUUCUCGAUUUUAACGGUCCAAGAUGUAACAGCGCAGAUAAAACCAGAAAGUAUUUGGUUAAAUGUUCAGCACGAUGCAUUCUAUGCUCAACAUAAUCUGAGCAUGAGCAGCUUUCUGGUAUCAGCUUCAAGAACUGUUUCCAUUGACUACAUCUCUUCCCCUGAACUGAAUUUCUUUCAGAAAAUUACCGGCCAUUUCGGGCGUAACGGACCAAGUUUUGUGUUCUAAAUUCUUGGAAAAGAAGAUUUUGAGCCGACAACAAAGCGAACAUAUGGUUCUAUCUUGAGUAACCUAACUUAUGUCAAGACUUUUGCUUCAGGAAUUCUUGUUCCGAAAUCGUACAUAUUUCCACUCGAUGACAAGCAGUACUUGCUUCCUCCUACAUCCUUAGUUCACGAUGCUCAUAAAGCUGGAUUACAAGUAUAUGUGUCAGGUUUUUCCAAUGAUGCUAAUAUUGCAUAUAACUACAGUUUCGAUCCAGUGUCUGAGUAUCUAUCUUUUAUGGACAAUGGUGAUUUCUCUGUCGAUGGUGUGCUCUCUGAUUUUCCCAUAACUGCAUCUGCAUCAAUUGACUGCUUCUCCCACAUUGGCAGAAACGCUACAAAACAAGUUGAAAAAGAAUCCUAUAGUUGACUUUAUCAUCUACCAAAUGGUUCGUGUCUCAGUGGAUUUUCUUGUUAUAUCAAAACAUGGAGCGGGUGGGGACUAUCCUGGAUGUACAAAUCUGGCAUAUGAUAAGGCAAUCAAAGAUGGAGCUGAUGUUAUCGACUGCUCGGUCCAAAUGUCCAGGGAAGGAAAACCCUUUUGCUCAAAUUCCAUUGAUCUCGAGAAAAGCACAAUGGCCGCCCAGACUCCUCUUAGAAACCGUUCAACAAUUAUUCCUGAGAUUAGCUCACAUGCUGGAAUAUACACUUUUAGUCUCACAUGGCCUGAGAUCUACAACUUGACUCCUGCGAUUUCAAACCCUUACAGGAAUCCGAAUGAGAGAGAUUCUGGGAGGAUUAUGUCACUCUUUGAAUUUCUGAACUUGGCAAAGAACUCCACUACUCUCUCUGGUAUUUUGAUCAGUGUAGAGGCGAGUUGUAGCAUUCUUGUCAGACAUCAUUCGGAGAAGAUGAAGUUGGCUGUAUUCAAAAUAAUAAAACAUCAAAUACGGAAUGCAGUGUACCUUAGAGAGAAGAAAGGUCUCGACCUUGCUAAAGCGGUUCUUGAUACACUCACGGAAGCUGGUUACAGCAAUGGAACGACCACGAAAAGAGUCAUGAUACAGUCGACGAACAGCUCGGUUUUAGUUGACAUCAAAAAGCAGAGCAAGUAUGAGACUGUCUACAAAGUUGAAAAACCAAUUGAUGAUAUUAGUGACUCUGCUAUCGAAGACAUAAAGAAAUUCGCUGACGCUGUUGUCAUCAUAAAACCUUCAGUCCUUCCCUUAUCUGAUGAUUCAUUUGUGACUGGGAAAACCAAUGUAGUGGAGAGGCUGCAGAAGUCUAAGCUCCUAAUCUAUGUGGAACUGUUACAGAAUGAGUUUGUAUCUGAUGCAACUGUUGAGAUAAACUCAUAUAUCACUGGAGCCGGUAUCAAUGGAACCAUCACAGAGUUUCCUUUUACCGCUUCAAAAUACAAAAGGAAUCGAUGUCUGGGAACAAAAGAAACUCUACCGUACAUGGCCCCUGUUAUACCGCGCGGUCUCCUACAAAUGGUGAAUCCUUUAUCUCCAGCCCCAGCUCCAAGCACAGCUCCAAGCCCAGCUCCAAGCCAGUUUUCAAAGAUGAUUAUGUCGCUGGGCCACCACUACCUCCAAACCUUAUUUUCACAAAUGAUGGUCGUUACAAACUAUGCAGCCAACCGUUUAGCUGUGGCGAUCAGAAGGAUCUAUUGUACCCUUUCUGGAUACCUGACAGAGAAGAGUGCGGCUACCCCGGCUUUAUGCUCAAUUGCAGCAGUGGAUUCGCAGAGCUGACUGUCUCCUCCGUGAAGUUCAGAAUCUUAAUGGCAGACUAUGACUUGCAUUUCAUAACUCUCGCCAGAAUGGAUUAUACCGACAAUCUUUGUCCCUCAAAUCCACGAAAUGAACAAUUCAACCAAAGCGCCCUUCAAUUCGCUGAUGGCACCAAGCUGCUAACAAUUUUAUAUGACUGCCGGGACUUACCAUCAAAUAUUUCUAAUAGCCUAGUUUACAAUUACGUUACAGAUUUUCAAUGUGAGGAAGAUAUGGAAGGGCUAAGAAACUAUUGCUUUGUGAAAAACAGCUCGUCUGCUUUACUCUACAUGAGGGAUGGCACUAAAGACUUGGA